AUGGCCUGGAAGGGGAAUUCGAUAAGCCCCACACUCCUGUUCACAACGGGCUUACUCGUUCUGUCGGCAUUCAACUAUGGCUUCAGUGACCAGGCGUUCUCGUCUGGCCAGGCGAUGGACUCGUUCGCCCGCCAAUUCGGCGUAUACCACCCCAAAACAGAUACCUGGAAAGUGAAGCCCCUGUUCACCUCCCUAUUCAACAGUUUGAAAGCCGGCGGGCAAUUGAUCGGCGUGUUUAUUGGCGGAUACGUGAGCAACACCUACGGGCGACGCAUGUGUGUCUUCAGCAUGAAUGUAUACGCCCUUGGCAGCGCCGCAGUCCUGAUCAGCUCGACGACGGUAGCUCAAAUACAAGCCGGCAGAGUUUUGCAUUACGUUUAUCUCGGCAUGCAGUUAGCUGUCAUCCCUACGGCGUUGACAGAACUCGCACCCGCUCAGGUCCGCGGCGGCAUAUGUGUACUCUACUGGCUUAGUAUCAAGGUCGGGGGUCUGGUCGUCACUUCUAUCGCGCGUGGGACAUCCUCCAUCCAGACCGAUGCAGCGUGGCGGAUUCCCUUUGGACUCAUUUUGGUCGUGCCGUCCAUCGUCCUCUCCUUGAUAUGGUUUACGCCUGAAUCACCUCGCUGGCUACUUCUUCGAGAUCGACACGCUGAAGCCCUCGAGUCCCUUGUCCGGUUGCGGCCGAAGGACGCCUCCAAAGAACAGACCGAAGCGGAUUUUCAAGAUCUUUCCGACAAGGUCGCUGUCCAGCUGCAAAAGAAGCAGUUUCGCGAUCUGUUCACUCGGCAGAAUAGACGGCGGACGUUUAUUGUCGUGGCUUGCAAUUUCUUCCAGCAGGCGACUGGCCAGGCUUUUGCUUCGCAGUACGGGACGCUUUUUGUGAAGCAACUAAAGUCGAUCAAUCCCUUCAGUGUCACGCUUGGGAUUAAUGCGAUUGAUAUUGGUGCUAUCUGUGUUUCGGCGCUGUCAAUCGACAAAGUUGGUCGUCGGGCGCUAUUUCACGUCAGCUCCUCAUUUCAAACGAUCGCUUUGAUGACGAUGGGCGGUCUUGGUACUGCCGACUCGUCUGACAUGGAUGCUAAGAAAGGCAUCGUGGCCAUGCUGAUGCUAUUCAGCUUCAGUUGGUCGUUGGGCUGGGCCCCGCUGGUUUAUGUCCUGGGUGCAGAGCUCCCUGCUUCUCCACUUCGUGAGAAGACUCUCCAGAUUGCAUAUACUGUCAAGCUGGUCACUGAGUUUGCUGUGACAUUUUCGUAUCCUUACCUGGAGACUGCAGACACCCCGCACCAUGUUUAUCUUGGUGGGAAACUGGGUUUCAUCUAUGGAUCCCUCUCGGCGGUCGCUUUUGUUUUUGGGUGGUUCUUUAUCCCCGAGACGCGCCGAUUGGAACUUGAAGACAUCGAUAAGAAGUUCGUCCUUCCCAAAGAAGGCGUCGUAGCUCUUGAAACAGCCGCGGAUAAAGAGGUAAAUAUUGAAGAGAGGACAACGGAAUGA